GCUGUGCCCAGCGCGCCAUGGAUUCCCUCAGGACGGCGAGCCCGGAGCUCCGAGCUUACUUCAGCCGCCACGACCUCCUCGACGUGUACGAGGUGCUGCUUUGUGCUGUAAUUGGUAUGCGCCCAGAAGAUCCACUUAAGUUUUUAGAAGAAAAGCUCAGAGAAAUAAUGGAAAAGGGAUUAGAUACUGUCUUAUGGUGUAUGUGUGCUGAUCUAUCUUUACACCCAAAAUUUAAGAGGAUUUCAGAAACGUACCUGAACACUGUUUUUGGACUAGAUGUUGAACAACUGGUAACUGAAGAAUGUGCCAAAGCAUGGGGCUUUUACAGCAGAAACUUAAUGAAGGUGUAUUUUGGAGGAUGGUUAAAAUAUCACCUGCUGAAAAAGAAUAAAAGAAAGAAGGCAGAGCAGAAGGUGGCUUUAGCUGUAGACCAUUAUAACAUGCAAAUAGUAAGAGUUAUUAUACAGAAGUGGAGCGUGUGGGUGCACAUUCACAAGCAAAAAAAGACAUUGGCAGUGAAGAGAUUGCAACAGAUCUUUAAUAAAUUAUAUUUAAAUGCUGUCAUGAAGGCUUGGCAUGCAGAGGCCCACAGUUCUUCAGAAACAAAAGCAUAUUUUGAGAGUUUGGCAAAGGAAAGUCAGAAAGACUGUUGUGAAUCAGGUGAUCUUACCAGCAGCCAUGAAACAUCCCCUUUACCAGAAAAAGCCUUGUUACAGAUUUUCCGUUAUGUAAAUUUGGUUGAUCUGGCAAGAUGUGCUCAAGUUAGUCAAACGUGGAUGCUACUAUCUCAGCACAGUUCAAUAUGGAGUGACAUUGAUUUUUCAUCAGUGAAGCAUAAAGUUCAGGACGAAAUAGUAGUAAAUAUUUUGCAGAGGUGGUGUCCAUAUGUUUUACACUUGAAUCUUCGAGGUUGCUGUUCUCUUCACUGGCCUACCUUUAAAAGUAUUAGUGCGUGUAAGAAUUUGCAAGACUUAAAUCUCUCUGAAUGCCAGGGAUUAAAUGAUGAGUCAAUGAGAGUCAUAUCAGAAGGUUGCAGAUCUCUUCUCUAUUUAAAUCUGUCAUAUACAGAUAUUACUAAUGGAACACUACGACUAUUGCCAAGCAGCUUCCCCAAUUUACAGCAUCUGAGUUUAGCUCACUGCAGAAAAUUCACAGACAAAGGUUUACUGUACCUGGGCACUGGAAAAGGCUGUCACAAGCUCAUCUAUUUGGACCUUUCAGGUUGCAUUCAGAUUUCAGUUGAUGGCUUCAGAAAUAUUGCCAGUGGCUGCACUGGGAUUCAGAAUUUGCUGAUCAACCAAAUGCCAACUCUUACAGACAGAUGUAUUCAAGCUCUGGUUGAAAAAUGCCAUCAGAUAAUGUCUGUUGUCUUUCUUGACUCUCCACAUCUUUCUGAUACAACUUUUAAAGCCCUUGCUGAAUGCAAACUGCUCAAGGUCAGCAUUGAAGGGAAUAACCAAAUUACUGAUUUAAGUUGCAAGUUCAUGGGUAAAUGCUGCCCAUACAUCAGGCACAUUCAUAUGGCUGAUUGCCAGAAAAUUACAGAUGCUGGUCUUCAGAUGAUUUCACCACUGAAGCAUAUUCUUGUACUGAAUGUAGCAGACUGCAUAAGAAUCAGUGAUGAGGGUGUAAUGCCAUUUGUACAAGGUUCUUCAGGAGCUAAGCUAAGAGAGCUGAAUUUGACUAGUUGUAUUCAUGUCACUGAUGCUUCUGUCAGAGAAAUAGCACAAAGAUGUCAUGAAUUGACCUACCUAAAUCUGUGUCACUGUGAAAAUGUGACUGAUGCUGGAAUUGAAGCCUUGGGAAAUAUAUCAUCAUUGAUAUCCCUUGAUAUCUCUGGAACCAGAAUCUCAGAUACGGGUUUGAGGGCUCUUGGCUGCCAUGGAAAAAUAAAGGAACUUUCUAUAUCAGAAUGCAAAAACAUCAGUGAUACUGGGAUUCAGGAGUUCUGCAAGGGCACAAAAUACCUGGAGCACUGCCAUGUCUCCUGCUGCCCGCAGCUGACGGAUGAAGCUGUGAAGACAUUGGCAUUUCACUGCCAGAGACUAACAUCUGUCAACCUAGCGGGUUGCCCAAAGAUGACUGAUACCUGUAUCAAAUACUUGGCUGCAGCCUGCUGUUAUCUGCACUUCUUGGAUGUCUCUGGUUGCAUUCAUCUUACUGACAAAGCACUGAAAUGUCUUUGGAAAGGUUGUCAGCAACUCCAGGUUCUCAAGAUGCUGUACUGCAGAAAUAUUACCAAACAAGCUGUCCUGAAAUAUACAGCCAAACUGGAGAAACAAGAACAUAGUGAUGCUGACCCUCCUUCCUGGCUCGGAUACGACCGGGACGGCAACAUACUCACCUUCACCAAAACACACGCACUGGAGCCUGAACAAACAAAUUCCUCAAAAUGAAAAAUGAAGAAAUUAUGCAACAUCUUCUACAGUUCCAGGGUUUUCACUAGACCACGAAUGAACACUGUAUUAUUUUUCUUAAGACUAAUCAUACUUGAUAAAAGGCUGGUUGUUGGAUUAGGAAGAAAGCACUACAGAUCUUUCUCCCAGGCGGGUGUCUGCUUUCAAGCAAGGCAGCUGCGCUGAAACAGCUUUGCUAACUUUCAGAUCUUGGUUCGAGCUGUCUUCAUCUUCCAAUAAUGAGAAGCUUUUGUAGUCCCCUGCAGUGAGCAAUAACUACGUCUGCAUGUGUUUGGGGUUCUUGUUUGCCAUGAGGGUCCUCUCCAGGACAUAAACACUCUGACUCCCCACAGAACAUCACACUUGGCACGGCUGGUACUCAUCAAGUACAGUGUUCCUGAGCAGAAGAACAGUGCAGAGGUAGUGACUACCAGCUCCCUAGCACACAGCUGUAUGUGUGCAUCUGAGCAUGGUUCUCUAUGUCUCCUGUGCACCCAGAGCCCCAGUUCUCAUAAAAGCCCCUCAGCUGGGUUCAGCUCUCCAAGCGAGCCCAUUUUCACACUUGCAGAUCUGAACUGUGCUGGCUGGCAGCUGACAGAGUCAUAAGAUGAGAAAAGUAUUAAAGGAGAAGUUUUCUCCAGUUAUGAGAACAUGUCUUCUCAUCAAACAGACAAACAAAAGUGAGCACACAUGGGAUUUGCCAUUCAAAUCCUAAUUACUGAUAACCUACUGGUCUUCCCUUGUCUGGAGGAAAAUAUAAAAUUUCACCUCAUUAAAGCAGAACAAGAUGUUACUCAAAAGCCCUUGGGGAAACUCCCAAAGAUUUCUCUUUCUUCAGCUCAUUCUUGACCUUUAUGUAAAAGUUCUAGCUGGUCUCAACAUUUAUUACCUUGGAAAGAAUAUAAUAAGAAUAGCACAAUUUUUCUGACAGCUUAUCUAAACUUCUUUCAGCAAGUAACUAAGAAUGCUAAUGCUUAAUUGCAGCUCGGUUUAGAAUACGAAUGCCUUAGCUAGCUUGCUUGCUUGCUUUUGAACAUGGAAGAAAUAACAGGCUUUCUUACUGUGCUCUCCCUUAAAACUGCUGAUGCAGCUGUCCCAAAAAGCACAAACUAAAUCAUAGGCUGACAGGCUUUGUAUGCUGGGUGAGUAAUGGAACCAUUAAGUGGAUUUGAUUUUGUGAAACAUCUACUAUGCUGGUUUUAUUUUUUGAUGCUGUGUGAUUUUAGAGGGGCUUCGCUCACUUUUGACUGCAGCAGUGCACAGAAAUCAUGAUUUGUCAGGAAAUCUAAAACCAUUACACAU